UCGAGUUUUCCAUAUUCUCUUCUCCAUCGAUCACUGCGAAACCCUAGAGAGAGAGAGAGAGAGAGAGAUCUCGGAGGACAUGCAAGAGAUCUUCGGAUCAGUACGCAAAUCCCUCGUUUUCCGGCCAAGCUCCGACGGUGGUGGCAGUGGUAGCGCCGGCGGCAUUAGUGAAAAGAUCGGAUCUUGCCUCCGGAAAUCGAGGGUGGGCUUUUGGUUUGGGAUUAGGUUUCUUCCUAGAAUCCCUUCUGGUUCUAUGCCUCCUUCGAAGGAUGAUGGCCCUCCGAUUAGGUGGAGGAAGGGAGAGCUCAUUGGAUGUGGUGCCUUUGGGCAAGUUUACAUGGGUAUGAAUCUUGAUUCUGGAGAGCUCCUGGCCGUCAAGCAGGUUCUGAUUGGGACGAACAGUGCCCGAGAGAAAGCGCAAGCUCAUAUAAAGGAACUGGAGGAAGAAGUCAAGCUUCUCAAGAACCUCACCCAUCCUAACAUUGUUAGGUACUUAGGGACUGCUAGAGAGGAAGAGACCUUGAAUAUCUUGUUGGAAUUUGUCCCAGGAGGAUCUAUAUCCUCGUUGCUUGGAAAGUUUGGGUCUUUCCCUGAAGCUGUUAUAAGAAUGUAUACCAAGCAGUUGUUGCAAGGGCUGGAGUAUCUUCAUCAGAAUGGCAUCAUACACAGAGAUAUAAAGGGGGCAAACAUUCUGGUUGAUAACAAAGGUUGUAUUAAGCUUGCAGAUUUUGGUGCGUCGAAACAAGUUGUGAAGCUGGCAACUAUGACAGCUGCCAAGUCAAUGAAAGGCACUCCAUAUUGGAUGGCUCCAGAAGUGAUUCUUCAGACAGGGCAUAGUUUUUCUGCUGACAUAUGGAGUGUUGGAUGCACUGUUAUUGAGAUGGCCACAGGAAAACCUCCAUGGAGCCAGCAGUUUCAGGAGGUUGCUGCACUUUUUCACAUUGGAACAACAAAGUCACACCCUCCAAUUCCAGAGCAUCUUUCUUUGGAGGCAAAGGAUUUCCUGUUGAAAUGCUUGCAGAAGGAACCGAACUUGAGGCCAAGUGCAUCUGAUUUGCUAAAGCAUCCUUUCGUAACUGGGGAAUAUCAGGAUUGCCAUCCAAUUUACCAGUCCUCAGUUGUGGAACCACCCAAAAGUCUGAUGUCAGCCAGAUCAUAUGCAAAAGAAUCAUGGAAUCCAGUGGCAAGUUGUGGAACUACUUUUGGAGGUUUGAAUAACUUCGAUCAAUAUAGUGGCAGCUCUUUGAUGUACUCUGGGAACAAUUCAAGAAUAACACCAGUAUGGGAUAUGCGUGCUAGUGAUGAUAUGUGCCAACUUGAUGACAAAGAUGAUUUUUCAACUUCUGUCAAGAGUUUUAAUCCCAUGUCAGAGCCCUUGGAUAAUUGGCCUUGCAAAUAUAAUAUAAGCCCAGAACAAAGAACAGUCUCAGAAGAAUUUAGUAACAAUAUUAAUGAUGCUACAAAAAUUGUCAAAGAAGGGGAUACUACUGACUUCACGUUUCCCUGUGAGGCAUCGUGUGAGGAUAGUGAUGAAGUCACAGAGACAAAAAUUAGAGCAUUUCUUGAUGAAAAGGCCCUAGAUCUAAAGAAGAUGCAGACACCAUUAUAUGAGGAGUUCUUCAAUUCUUCAAAUACGAAUGCACCUAUUGAAGAUGCAUCAGAGGAAAACAUCACAAAAAAUGUGGAAAUGACUACUAAAAAUUUAUCAUCACCCAACCAGAUGGUUACAGAGGCGUCAGUCACAGAGGUGGAUACUUUGCAUAACAUGAGUCCAGGGAAUAGAAACGCUAGAGUUUCAAACAAUGCUGUGGGGAUUAGUCGAAUCCUGAGAGAAUUACCUCGUCGAGAUGCUCAGAAAGAACCCAACAGCAUAAGCUCAAGCUUUUCAGAUAGGCGACAAAAGUGGAAGGAAGAGCUGGAUCAAGAGCUUGAGAGGGAAAGAGAAAUGAUGCGACAGGCAGGUGUUGGCGCAAAAACAUCUCCGAAGGACAAAGUUCUAAAUCGAAAGAGAGACCGCCCACCGUUUGCAGCAUCCCCGAGCAAAUGAAGACUGUACAUGAAAGCUAGCUCCUCUUGAUGAUGUCCUCAGUGGACUGUGAUUAUUAAUAAAAAUGCAUCAAGUUUUUUGUUUCUGUUUUGUCAGAUGGUGAAAGAAAUCAUUUUUGAUUGUUCCACUUCCCUGUUAAUAAGAGGAAGUGAACAUGCCGACCUUUGUGCUAAAGUAGAACACAGAGCAGCACACAAGGUUAUUGUGUUGGGUAUAACUACAGCAUAAGAAAGUGGUUCGAAUCCUAAUUUCAGAGUAUAAUGUUGUCAGGGAAAUAGCGCCAACUUCUCUAGAGUUUUGAAAUUGUGUUUGUAAAUUGUAGUUCCAUGGCAAUUUGUUUAAAAGCCAACAUGAUCAUUUUGUAACAUGAAUUAUAGUCCCGGUGUGUAAUUUUAUUUUGUGAUUGAAUUUUGAGAUUGUACUCACCAGAACUUGUGAAUUUAAGUCAUCUUUUGUUCCCA